GAAUUUCAAAAUUCCCGUUCUGAAAAAGUACGUAGACGACCUUUUUCUCGUCCUGCCCAUAACAGAGGUGGAGAGAACACUUGAUACCUUCAACGAGUACAACCCACACCUUCAAUUUACCAUGGAACGUGAAAACGAUGGCCAACUUCCCUUCUUGGAUACACUAGUUAUCAGGUCAAAUGACCAAACUAUAAAAACGAGAUGGUAUGCCAAACCAAUCUCCUCCGGCCGCCUACUCAAUUACCACUCUUUUCAUCCAACGUCUAUGAAAAUCAACGUAGCCUCAAAUUUCAUCCAACGCGUCAUUCAACUCACCACGGAUGGUUCUGCACAACAGCAAAAACAAAAAAUCUUCCAGUACCUUCGUCAAAACAAUUACCCUUCGUCACUCAUCAACCGAAUGCUCAACCGAAUCAAUGAAAACCCCGCUCAUCAAUGGAUACAACCCACCUCAUCAAUCGUGAACAUACAACACAAUCUGUCUCAAUCAUCGCCUUCCAACAUCCAAAGCACAUCAUUGUCACCGCUGCCCACCACAUCAUCGCCGCCCAGUCCACCUUUUCUGAUCAUUCCGACACAUACCCCAUCAAUAGAUCCAUGCGACGUAAACACCAGCCAAACUCCAAGAUCUCAACCAUCCAGUCCACCAAACGAAGCCAAUCCAAACAGCCAAGAAACCGCCUAUAGAUCCAUGCUCAACAUUCCUUUUCUGACGACGACCAUCUCCAACAUCCUGAAAAAAGACUUCAAAAACAUAAAAAUAGCCAGACGAAAUUUCAAAACAACAAAAUCCCUGCUGAAACCAGUUAAAGAUCCAGUGCUUCCAUAUGACCAACACAACGUCAUAUACAACAUUCCAUGUAACGAUUGCGAUCAAGUUUAUAUUGGUAUGACCACCAACAAUUUAAAAAAACGUAUCAGUGGACACAGAUCCGACAUAAACAAGAUUAGCAAAAGCCCAGAAAAUAACAUACACGCCAAAACAGCCCUCAUCCAACAUAUGAUAAACAAUCAACACACCUUCGAUCUAGACAACACACAAAUAAUAGAUCGUACAUUUCGACAAACAGCCCUACCAAUAUUAGAAAUGUGUCAUAUUCAAAACACACCUAAUACAGUAAACUACCGUACUGAUGUGGAGGGUCUGAAUAUAACAUACGCAGGUAUACUCCACACCGUUAAAGCCAAUUCCUCUCGCAGAGGAUUUGCUCACCACCACACUAGAUCAGAAAGUGUAAAUGAGUCUGAACAGAUGAGAAUUUUAUAGCAUCCGACACCGCCAUCUCUAAACCAACCAUUGAACAUUGUCUAUUCCUGUCUAUUAUUGUAGUGCAAGUCGUGUGCAAUAGCAGUGUCUACCAAAGUCCCUACGCUCACACUAAAUGUUUAAACUGUAAGACAAUUUUUAUGUGAAUUAUGUUAUGGCCGUAUUAUGUUUUUAUGUGUUACAAUUUGUAGGAUUACGAGAAGCCCUCCCUAUGUAAAAAACGGCAAACUUAAAAACGAAAAACGGUAGACUGUGUAGGUUAUAUUUUACUAUGUUUUAUGUAUUAUGUUGUGUACCUCCUAAAGUCCAUGUUCUUAUUUUAGUUCACCCUUGAAAAAGGCCAAAAAUACAGGCCGAAACGUCGGGCAAAACAAAACGAAUCGUUUUGACUAAAUUAGACUGAGAAAGCCACACAAU